GCGAAGAUGCAAUUAUUUUUGCCUUAUGUUUUAUUUAAAAUCACCUCCUUGUUUAAGAUUUUUAGGCAAUUGAAAUUCAAAGUUAGUUUUCAUACAUAACCAACUGUGUGAAGAUACAAUUCUUUUUUACUUUCAUGUUCUAUGUUAAUGCAAUGCACAUUAACUCUUUUUUAUUUAUUGAAGCUGCUGCUAUGGUGCAACUUGCUAAUCUAGACACUUGUAAACCAAUCAAGGCAAGUCUUUCUGGAAAUCCCAACAAAGUUUAUGCUAAUGAAGCUAUUUGAUUUUUAUUCAAGUUUCACAAUUUUAAUUUCUUUCUACAUAUUUCAAUUCUUUAUUUGAUAUCUUAAGUAGUAACAUUGUUCAUGUGUGUGUGACAUUUAGUAUUUCUGCAAAUAGCUUUAGCUCAGUUGUUCAUAACUUAAGUUGAUAAAAUGCUUGAGUCGUAAACAUAGCGAUGUGAAUGAAUGAGAGACGAGGAUUUCAACUGUUUGAUAAUUCUGUCCCCUCUUGACUUCCUUGCUGAUUGUUGGUUAGUUACAUAUAUUAUGCCUAGAGUCUCUAAACAAAUGUUUACACUAGCGGGCUGUUUCCAGAAGCAGGGUGGCUGUGGUAAGCACACGUGAGAUUCAAAAUGGAAAGAAACUGAUCCUUGUUAAGAAGAUGCGCGACGGAUCAUUCACCAUUAAUCGUAGCUUCCUGGGCUUGAAGGCAAAUAAUAAAAGUGAAGCUGUAGACCCUUCUACCAGCAAGCCAGAUGCCCUUUUCAAUGAGCAACCACCCCAGGAGGUGAAACCCGAAACCGAUGAAAAGACUAAAGUGUACUAUCAUGCAAUUGGAAAGCUAGAGUUUCUUCUUAUGAACUAUCAGCUAGGCCUUCGGUCUAUGCUCCAAUUUUUAAACAAGCAGGAGAAACUGAAAACUUACAAAAAUAUUGAAGUUCAUGAGACUGAAUUUGAAGAGCUAAAGUUUCGUGUUGAGAACUUUGGCGGAGCAACCACCAUCGAGCGGAUCUUGAAGGUCAGAAAUGAUGUAUAGUUCUUGAACCAUCAUGCCAUGGAUUGAUAUUAUUGUACUCCCUCCUCGAUAUGUGGAUUAAUCUUGUCAUAAAAAAUAAAUAUAUUUCUACUCUUUAAAAAAGAAGUAAUAUUUGUUACA